AUGGCCUCGGAUCCGAAACGAGAAAAGGCCCCCGACCGGUUGUCCUCAGACCGGUCCGAAGCCGAAGUCGCUCAUAUGGACCAUCCUGGACGAUUCUCCGAGGCCACGGCUGUCGAACCGGAAGAGAAGCGACGAAUGGAGGCUUCUCAUAAGUUGGAGAACCCUCUUGCUGGCUUCACUCCGGAUCAACUCGGUCGAUUGGGUGAGGAGUAUUGCGGGAAACAUGGCAUCACCGAAGAGGAAGACGUUCGCGCCUUCCGCCUCGGGGCCAUGAUUGCUGGCAACAUGAACAAGUAUGACACCAUGACCGAGUUGACUGCUCAAGAGCGGGCUGUCCUUGACGCCGAAACGACGCACAAGUGGCGGAACCCGAAAAUGCUGUUCGCUGUUGUCGCGAUCUGCUCAGGAUGUGCUGUUGUCCAGGGAAUGGACGAAACUGUCGUCAAUGGUGCUCAGUCCUUCUACAAGAAGCAGUUCGAAAUCGACGGCGAAACCGAACGCGACACCUGGCUCGUCGGCCUUGUCAACUCGGCCCCGUACUUGGCAUGUGCCGUGGCAAGCUGCUGGCUCACAGAGCCCCUGAACAAGAAGUUUGGUCGUCGUGGCACAGUGUUCUUGUCUUGCGCUAUCAGUGCGAUCACCUGCUUUUGGCAAGCUUUCACCAACACCUGGUGGCACAUGUUCAUUGCUAGAUUUGCCCUCGGCUUUGGCAUCGGCCCCAAGUCAGCUACUGCGCCUAUAUUCUCUGCUGAGUGCGCUGUGCCUCGGAUUAGAGGAGCGUUGGUGAUGUCCUGGCAAUUCUGGACAGCUGUUGGAAUUGCCAUCGGGUAUGUUGCCGAUUUGGCGCUAUACUACGUGCCAGAUCAAAGCGGUAUCACUGGACUCAACUGGAGGUUGAUGAUGGGCUCUGCUGGAGUUCCAGCAAUCAUUGUCUGCGGAUGCUGCUAUCUGAUCCCCGAGUCACCUCGGUGGUACUUGACCAAAGGCCGCCACCUCGACGCAUACAAGGCAAUGUGCCAACUUCGAUUUGAGAAGCUCCAGGCUGCUCGAGACCUCUUCUAUGCCAACUCUCUACUUGAAGCUGAGAAGGACACACAAGCUAUUGGCAAGUCUAACCGCUUUAAGGAGUUAUUUACUAUAAGGCGUAACAGAAACGCUAUGUUAGCGUCGCAAAUUGUUAUGUUUAUGCAACAAUUCUGUGGUGUCAAUUUAAUCGCCUACUACAGCACUGAGAUAUUCCUCUCUGCAAACUUCUCCGAACUCAAUGCUCUCUCAGCAUCCCUUGGUUUUGGAGUUGUCAACUUCCUCUUUGCUAUUCCGGCAUUCUACACUAUCGAUACAUUUGGCCGGAGGAACCUGCUUCUGACAACAUUUCCAUUGAUGUCCAUCUGUCUCUUCUUCACCGGAUUCUCUUUUUUCAUUCCCACGAACCCCGCCAGGGUAGCUUGUAUUGCUACGGGCAUCUACCUGUUUGGCAUGGUGUACUCACCGGGUGAGGGCCCAGUGCCGUUCACCUACUCAGCCGAGGCGUAUCCGUUGUACAUCCGCCCCAUCGGCAUGUCUCUCGCCACAGCGACCACCUGGUUCUUCAACUUCAUCUUGGCUGUUACCUGGCCCUCGCUCCAGCGUGCCUUCACGCCUCAGGGGGCUUUCAGUUGGUACGCUUGCUGGAACAUCAUUGGUUUCUUCCUGGUCCUCUUCUUCCUCCCCGAAACCAAGGAGAAGACGCUCGAAGAGUUGGACGCUGUCUUCAGCGUGCCGUUGAGGAAGUUUGCUCGCUACGGCCUCUCGCAGUUCUUCUACUUCUGGAAGCGCUUUGUUUUCAGACAGAAUGUGGCGCCGCCCGCUGUGCCUCACAACAAUGAGGUUCAGUAUCACAAGAACCAGUUCUCCAGGGAGAAGGAGUCGAACCCUACGGCUCGUGUCUAA